UUUUUUCCUGUAAAAACCAAACCGAACCAAACUGCAGAAACCCAAAGCCACAUCAAACUGAAACACUUGCUGAGUUGCUGCUGCUGAUGCAAAGAUGAGUACACAAGGCAGGCGUUUCCGAAGGUUCAGCAGAUCACAAGCUCAUCAAACUGUUCUUCCUCUUCGUGUCAGACACUUCAGCAACACUGUUUCUUGCUGGUACUGUGACUUCAAAUCAUCAGCUUUUAAUGACCCAUUAUUCCAUUUUGGCAGAAGAUAUUCCAGGUACCUGAGGGUCUGGUUUUCGGUGGGGGUUGGUUUUAGUGUUACUACUCUUCUGGCAGUGACCCUGGUGCUUCUAUGGGAAUUAGCUCAAUAUUUGCAUUUAUUUGGUAGUAACUACCAAAUACUAAGUCUUUUGAGUGAAUCGCUGUUCGGAUAUUCUCCUUCGGUUUUCUCGCUUGCUGAUGCUGGAUACAUAUGUAUAUCUACUGUGAUAUCUGUGGCUGCACAUGAAUUAGGGCAUGCUCUUUCUGCUACAAGUGAGGGCAUACAGAUUGAGUACAUUGCUGUAUUUUUAGCUGUUCUAUUUCCAGGAGCUCUGGUGGCCUUCAAUGAUGAGGUGUUGCAGGCUCUACCGAGAGUCGCUGCUCUUCGAAUAUACUGUGCUGGCAUUUGGCACAAUGCAGCAAUUUGUGCUGCUUGUGCACUGGCAAUGUUCUUUCUUCCCUUGAUCUUAUAUCCAGUGUACAUACAUGGUGAAAGCCCUAUGGUGUUGGAUGUUUCUUCCGCGUCACCUUUAUUUAAGGUUAUUUCUCCUGGCGAUUUUGUUAUUUCAUUGGAUGGCAUGCGCAUCCAUGACGCAGAGGAGUGGAUGAAGAUUACCAAUAUGCUACAUCAGAAAACAAAUCAAAACUUAAAAGACGGUGAAUAUUUGAAGGUUGACAAAGGUUACUGUGUUCCAAGAUCUCUAAUUGAAGAGAGCUAUCAUAUCCGGUCAGACACUAAAAGUACUUGCCCAGAUGAACUGUCUUCCUUUGUAACUAUGCCCUGUUCACCUAUAAGUACAUCAAAUGAUACUUCCAAUGAAGAUAAUAUCGAAAAAAGAAGUGAUCAUAUCCACUGCUUAAAUGCUACGGAUAUUGUAGAGCUUAAGAAAUGUGGUGAUGGAUGGAUGGAAAUUGCAAGAAAUGAAAGUAGCUGUCCAUGUUCAGAGGAAGCAACUUGCCUGGCUCCUAUCCAAAUACCGGGUCUUACAUGGACGGAGAUCAAAUAUGUAAGACCUGUUACCAUGAAAUGUGUGCAACUCAUGAGAGAAUCAUUAUCAAGUGUUAACAGUUCCAAAUUCGAAGAAUUGGGCUGUGGAGGGACUUUUGUUUUCAUUGGUGAUGUGUUCUCAAUGGCACAUUCGAUUAGAUUAACUUCAUAUCAACCUCGGUGGUCUAUCCCUUUUGGUGCUUGUCUUCCAGAUGUCUUUGAAAAGCUUCUAAAGUUCACAUUUCACGUCUCUCUGAUGCUGGCGCUUCUCAACAGCCUUCCGGUAUACUUUCUUGACGGUGAAUCCAUCCUAGAGGGGUUACUACCCUUCUUCAGAUUGAUAAGCUCUAGGAAGAGGGAAACACUCCUUCGAUCAUUUCUGCUGGGAGGUACUUGUAUAUCAUUAUUACUUUUUGUAAGGAUAUUAUUGCUGUUCAUCUUGUAAGCUAAUCCUCUAGUUUCUUUGUAUUUUGAUAACAAUAGUGAUGUUGAUGGUCAAGUUAGUGUUGGACUCGAAUCAGCCACAAUUUUGUGGUGUUCAUUACUCCUGUUAGCAUGUGUAUAUGAAAAAUAGUGUACCAAGUAUAUUUUUUUUACUGUGCAACAACAUUUGACCUGUUAAUUGUU